AUGUGGCAUAUGAACCUGGACCAGAUGUUCACCGCCGCUUUCACAGAUACGAACACUUCCUCCUUGGUGUGUGUGACUGUCCCUAUUUAUCCAAUGUUCGCGAUGUCUAGUUCCAUUGGUGGUACAGCUUUAGACCCUUUCAGAACCCUGUCAUCGAAGGGUGUUGGCACGUUUGCAUCUGUGACUUAUGUGAGAGUGCAGUUGAAAGUUGGGAUCCUGCAAAUCUCAUCGAGGCGAGGCUGCCAUUCAAACUUACUGGCCGUCCGUUGUCUGUAUGAGGAGCUCAAUAAGGUCGAGUGGGAUCAGAAUACUUUAAACCCCCACCUGCCCACAUCUCCAGUACAUUGGCCGCUCUCGCGUAUGCCCGACGCGAGGUGGUAUGAUGACGAAUGUCGUUCGCCGCGUCGAACUGUUCCCGAUAGCAGAAGGAUAGGUCAAACCCUAGCAACGAUGGGAUGUGAUUCUGAUUUCACAGUGGAGACCGAGAGGAGAGGGGGUUUGCGAUCGUCGGACGUAGAUGCUCGAAGAAACCUAGCUACCACCACCCUGCGGGAUGAACAGCUACAGACCGACAGACAAGCCCGACAGGAUCGUACCAUAGCGGUCCACUCGGGGGUCUUUUGGACCCGAUUCACAGUCACGUUGAGGUCUCGUGCUUCUGAUACAUCGAGGACAUCAGCCUGUGAACACUACACAUAUGCUACUCUUACUCACACCGCCGUCUUAUAUCGGAGCGAGCAAGAAGUACGGUCAGUCAAGUGCCCACCACUGGGUCAUGUCAGAGGUAGCCCAACUCGAGAUGAGGAAUCAUCAGCAUGUCCAUGCCUGUCCGUGUCGGCGUGCUACAUUCGGAAGCAUCUCUUCAAUGGUCUCAACUAUCCAGUCGCAGUGCCCAUCACUCGCCUCUAUUACCGCUUCCACCACCGACCGAGAGAGUCCUGGCCUGGCUAUGACUGUCGGAACGAGAGCAGACCACACCUGAGACGACACUGUGGAUUGCAGAUGAUACCUCAUCCAGAGACACCGGUCCUCGGAAGAUAA